AUGAGCUCUCUAAUGAUCUCUUUGGUAUCUUCCAACCGGCGUAUGGGAAUACAUAAAGAUUAUAUCCCUAAAUUUUAUGAGACUCAUAUAUCAUUUAAUGAAAAAAAGAUAUUUUUGUUUCCUGAAUUUUUAGUAAUUGUGAUCCUAUGGAUAAUCGUUAAUGAUUAUGCGUAUGAAUUAAUGAAACACAUAGCAGCUCACUCAUUAGAAAUGCGGUGUGAUAUUGAAAAUGUUGAAGACCUCGUUAAAUAUAUUUAUAAGGUAGUCAAUAAUCAAACAUUAUAUGGGAGUGGGAAAAGGGCAGCAUGGGUCCAAUUAUGA